UUAGAAAUACUUUUAAGAAAACAGAGUCACCGAAAGGUCAAACUUCACAGUUCACACAUCAAUAGCUUACUAUGUAAUGGAUAGAUAGACAGAAAAUUGAAAAACUUUAUCUUAAAACUUAUUGCAGUGUGGCAUGGAACUCAAACUUCACACAUCAAUAGCUUCAUCUUCCCCUCCUUUCUGCACCUAUGCAGUUCACCCUCGCCAAAACGGCACCAACAACUGUCGUUCCAUUCACAGAAAAAUCCCACCUUUACGUAUGGGUAACCCUUCCAUCCAACCAAAAUUGAAUCAUCACCAAACCCUCAAUCAACAUCAAAAUGCAGACUUGUCACAUUUACUUCAAGAGGGUAAUCUCAAUCAAGUAUUGGAACUCAUGGGUCAUGGUGUUUUUGCUGAUUAUAGUGUUUUCAUUUCACUCUUGAAUUUAUGUGAGGAUUCAAAGUCACUUGAAUUAGGGAAAAGGGUUCAUGAGUUUUUGAGAAGAUCAAAAUUUGGAGGGGAUGUUGAGUUGGGAAACAAAUUGAUUGAAGUGUACUUGAAAUGUGGUAGCGUGAAGGAUGCCCGAAAAGUGUUUGAUAAAAUGACUGAGAGAAAUAUUUGUUCUUGGAAUUUGAUGAUUAGUGGAUACACUUUGAAUGGCUUAGGGAAUGAUGGUUUGUUGGUUUUUAAGAAGAUGAAGCAACAAGGGAUAGUACCUGAUGGGGAAACUUUUGCAUUGGUUUUGGCUGCGUGUGCCUUGGUAGAAGGUGUGGAAGAAGGGCUUGUGCACUUUGAAUCCAUGAAGGAGUAUGGAAUUGUUCCUGGUAUGGAGCAUUAUUUGGCGGUUGUUAAUGUUCUGGGGUGUGCUGGUCAGUUGGACGAAGCCGAGGAGUUCAUUGAGAAUAUGCCAAUUGAAGUUGGAGUUGAGAUUUGGCAGACUCUUGGAAAUUUUGCGAGAAUUCAUGGAAACUUAGAACUCGAAGAUCGAGCUGAGGAGUUGUUAACUGUUCUCGAUCCUUCAAAAGAUGUUGCAGAUAAAGUGCCUGCACCUCAGAGAAAGGAGCAGUCUGCAAUUAACAUGUUGGAGGAGAAGAAUAGAGUGGGUUAUUAUCGGUGUAAUAUGCCCUAUAAAGAAGAGGGUUAUUUGAAAUUGAGAGGUUUGACUGGGCAGAUGAGGGAAGCAGGUUAUGUUCCUGAUACAAGAUAUGUUCUCCAUGACAUUGAUGAGGAGGAAAAAGAGAAGGCCUUGCAGUAUCACAGUGAACGUUUGGCAAUUGCUUAUGGUCUCAUUAGUACUCCGCCGAGAACUACACUUAGAAUCAUAAAAAAUUUACGUAUAUGUGGAGACUGCCACAAUGCUAUCAAAAUUAUGUCAAAGAUUGUUGGAAGGGAGCUCAUUGUGAGGGACAACAAGAGAUUUCAUCAUUUUAAAGAUGGAAAAUGCUCCUGUGGAGACUAUUGGUAGUGUUGGUCAAAAGUCCUCAAUUGUAGAUACUCUGAUGAGAUACAUUGUUAGAUUGUUUUUUUGUUUGCUGCCAAAGUGUGCAAGGUUCAAACCCACGUUUGGGAAGAUCAAACAAAGUUAGAUUGUUCCAUUCCAUAUAUGAAUUAACCUCUGUAGCUUUGUUUAUUUGUAGUACAUGUUUGUUAGAGUUAGACUACAAAAAAAUAAUGCAGCCAAUAGUAUGGUAAAUAAUUUGUUUUUCCACUUCUCAACACAAACAUGAGCAUGUUGUGAUGUUGAAUCAGUUUCUAUAAUAUCAACACAACUGUGAAAUACAGUUCCUCUUAUUGAUCAUUGCUUGUUAAA